AUGCAUCUCCGUCUCGAGAUAGAUCCCCUCUCGACAACCAAUAACAUCCUCGAAGUCCAAGAUCACACAACGCUCCGUACAUCGAUGAUGAAGCUGGAUUACGGGUGCAUGAGCGGAGCAAUGCAGCGUAAGCCUUGGUGCUCCGGAGCAGCCUGCCGUAAGAGCCCCCAGCCUGUAUCCUUGGAAAUCCAGACAGGCUUAGGCUUAUCUCCAGCCUCCAAGCGCAUGGAGCCCCGUAGAUCGACACCGAGGAGGCUUUUUGCGACUGACCAGCGAAAGACCUGGUUGGAAGCGGCCUGUAUUUUUGUAUUUUAUUCCCUGGCCAGGAGGCGAUAUUUCCGUGCUUCUGUCGCUGUGUACUCUGUGGCCUGGCUGGUACCAAAUUGUCUCUGGUGGUUGCACACAACCCGAUGUACAGUACCUGGCCUGGGCUGUGAUACCGUCACAUACGGCCCGUUCCCCCAUACGGGGCUCAUACGGGCGGGUCAGGGCUACCAGGUACCUUGCAGCGCCAGCUUGGCCCCAGGUACGGGGUACGGGGGCAAGUACUGUACCUGA